UCUAAUCUGACAACAUAUAAUGCCAGAAAACAAAAUGGAGAUCAAAUCAGAAACGAAUAUUGUUUGUGAUGAACUUGAUCAAAACGAUUUACAACGUGACCUUGUCUCUAUUAAGGUUGAAAGGAAUCAUAAUGGUUCUGUGUUAAACGUACCAGAAUUUCAAAGAGAGUCAUCUAACAUCGGUGGAGAUGUCGUCGCAGAAGACGAACGGGAAAAUAGUAUUACUGAUACAAAAGAAAAUCUGCCAUCCAUUGCAAAUGAGGAAGAAGACAUUAAGAACAAGGACAGUAAUUUUGCCAUGGAAACGAAGGAAUUUAAUUGUUAUUCACCUUGCAUCAAUACUGCCAAAAAUGCUACUUUGAUAGAUGAUAUAAGCGACAUAAAACCAAACGUUCAAAAACCUUCCUCCAGUAAUCUGGUAAAACAGUCUCAGGUUUUAGGAAACAAAAAGAUGACGUCUCAUGCACAAGCGCUUAAUAAAGAAACCAAAGACAGUAGGACCAAUGGUAUAACAAAACUUUCGGCACAUGACACGGAGAUGACUGGACAGGCAGUAAACGACAGCAAAUGUACAAUGUGUUACAAAAGUAUUCAGUGUAAACAUACUACAACGGAUGGCAAAAAUAGCAGUAAGAAAUUUCAGUGUGAUGUAUGUGGCAACUGGUUCAAACAUACCUACACACUGCGAAAACACAAGUGUAAUCACGAGGGAGAGUAUUCUUGCAGUGUAUGUAACAAACGGUAUGGACUACCAAGCUAUUUAAAACGACACAUGCGUAUACAUACUGACGAGAAAACGUUUUAUAAAUGUCGAUAUUGUGAUAAGUCACUAUGCAGUACAUCCAGUCUGGCAGCGCACGAGAGACUGCAUACGUUGGACAAACCAUUCGAGUGCGACGUCUGUCAUAAGCGGUUUACUCAGUCUAGUAACCUUACAACCCAUAAAAAAGUUCACUCUGAAUAUAGACCAUAUGUCUGUGAACUUUGUUCUAAGCCUUUUAGACACAAACAGUCUUUAUUGGUACAUUUGCGUUCUCAUACACAUGAGCGACCGUACACGUGUGGCACAUGUGGACAAACUUUCACUCAAAAUACACAUAUGCGUACUCAUGAACGACUUCACUCAGGUGUGAAGCCCUACAAAUGUGAUAUGUGUGAGAAAACAUUUUCACGUAAGCAUCAUCUGGGGUAUCAUUUAGAAACUCAUUCUGGAAAGACAUAUAAAUGUUCUAUCUGUGAGAAAUCUUUCACGGCGGAGAGAGCAGUUAUACAACAUGAGCGCAUACACACUGGUGAUACGCCAUAUAAAUGUGACGUGUGUGGGAAGGAAUUCAAAUAUCACGGCUACCUAAGCGUUCAUAAGAGAAUACAUACGGGAGAUAUGCCGUUCAGAUGUAAAUUUUGUCCAAAGGAGUUUAUUGUAGCUAGUUCCUUGCAACAACACUUAAAACACAACCAUAGAAACAAGAGGAAACGACCUGGUUCAAUUAUUACGUCACCAUCUGAUGAUAUAAAUGGUUCAACCAAUCAAUCAAUUACGGGAAGUUGUACCAACAAUUCAGAAGUACAGGAAGCUAAUGAUAAUGGGCUGAUCGAGUCAGUCGAGCUAGCUUGUGAUUCUGCAAAAAAGCGACCUGUAACUCAGUCUGUUAUCGGACAGAAUGAAAAGAAAAAAUCUGCGAAUAAAAAACAAGACGCUAGUAACAAGAACAUUUCAGUGAAGCGGCGCAAUAAAAGAACUGCUUGACUGUAUACUUAACUCAAAUACAUUGAUAUGUUUGUACUUGC